ACCCCCCGCGAGCCUGUCCGGGCGGGGGGCGCUGCAGCCCCGGGGCCCCUCCGGCCCGGCGGCGGGGAGCCGGUGAAUGCCUUUUGGUUCCCGCCCAGGGACGGUAGACUCCGUCGGCUCGCGGGGCAGCCGGGACGUUCCCUCCCGCGCUCUCCUCCCCCGUCCGUUUGCAGGGAGGUGCUCCCUUCGGGAGGCGGGGAACGCGGGCUGGGCUGCCGCUCCUCCUGCUAUGAUGCCUGGGCAGAUUCCAGACCCUUCCGUGACUGCGGGCUCUCUGCCAGGGCUCGGCCCCCUGACCGGACUCCCCAGCUCGGCUCUGACUGCAGAGGAGCUGAAAUACGCCGACAUCCGCAAUAUUGGGGCCAUGAUCGCCCCCUUGCACUUCCUGGAGGUGAAGCUGGGCAAAAGGCCCCAACCCGUGAAAAGUGAGGUCCACUGGCAGCCUGGACUCAGAGUUGGGAAAGUGGGUCAUCUCGCCGGUGAGCUCCGCUGGCUGAACAGCGCUGGAGCCAGCCAAGCUGCUCUCCCUUCUACCACGUCCCCAAGACACAAGACCACUUGGCCUGAGCUAGAUGAAGAAGAGGAGCGGAGGAAAAGACGCCGGGAGAAGAACAAAGUGGCAGCAGCCCGAUGCCGGAACAAGAAGAAGGAGCGGACGGAGUUUCUGCAGCGGAUGUCGGUGAAGGAAGAUGACCAGGAACGCUCAUCAGUCCAGGCUGGUGGUCUCCAGCGUCCCACUCUGGAUCGUUUGUUCAUUACCAGGUAGUGAUAGUAACACCAGUAUCCGUGGCUCCGGCUCUGUUCUGUGGGAUCCAGCAGGUAGCCGCCAUUGCUAACGUUUGUAAAGUCGGGCAGUGUGCCGAGUCCUGUGAGUGUAUUAUCUCUUCGUUGGCUUGAUAACUGUGUGAGGUUGGUGCCUUCAUUAUCAUCUCUCUACAGUUGGGGAAGCUAGGGCACGGUGAGGUUAAGUUACUUGCCCAGGACCCUCAGCAGCUGAGUGGUAGAACUGAGAUUCAAGCCUGAGGCUACUUCAAAGCAUUUGCUCUUAACACUCUGCUAGUUCUAAUUCAUUCAUUCAUUCAUCUGUGUGUUCAUUCUUUUUUUUUUUUUUUAAGAUUUUUAUUUAUUUAUUUGACAGACAGAGAUCACAAGUAAGCAGAGAAGCAGGCAGAGAGUGAGGAGGAAGCAGGCUCCCCUGCCGAGCAGAAAGCCCAAUGCGGGGCUCGAUCCCAGGACCUCAGGAUCAUGACCUGAGCCAAAGGCAGAGGCUUUCACCCCCUGAGCCACCCAGGCGCCCCGUCCGUGUGUUCAUUCUUUCACUCAGUCAUUGAUUCAUUGACAGACAUUUUUAGACAUGUACUAAGUUCCUAGCACUGUGCCAGCUGCCAUGGGGGACACAUAGGAAGGAGCAGACAUAGUCUCUCCUGUGGGAGCUGGAGACAGAAGGCUCAUGUGGCCUCGGUUUUCUCCGAUGCUGAGGAAUAUAUGGGUUUCUUCUCAUGCUUGCAACAAGCAGAGAGAAAAUCCAAGGUCACAGGUGCAGACAGCAUGGGGCCAUGUGUACACCAGUGGGCUGUGAGUAUCUGGGGUAGGCAAAUGGCCGUUACAGGUUGGAGUUAGACUCCAAGAGCUGGGAGCCUUCUUGGAAGAGAUGGUGGACCAACACUGGGCUGGAAGUUUUCAAGAAGGUUCCAAGGCACAGGUCUCCCACAGGCCCCAAGACGGAUGGAGGGUCCCGCACCUCCUUUCCAGCCCUGAGUGCCUGAAGAGCUGGGCGGGGCAUAGCAGGGAGUGGGAAGUCUCACACCAGAUGCCCGCCUUCCAGGGCUUGUCAGCCCGUUAGCAGGCAAGAUAUGCC